CCCAUUGUGUUAUAGCUGCUGUGGCUUACUGAAUUAGUGUUUUCCUACAGCAGGAGGACAUUUUUCUGUCGGCACAAACGUCAAAAACAAAUGUCACAGCUAUUACAGCAGAGGAGCUUCCAUUCAUCAAAGCAAUGAGAAGAGCAAAGCAUGUUACGGAAGCUGUGUUGUGUGAUUCUACUCAUGAUCCAGAGGGAUACAGAAAGUACACAUGUGAUUGGAGGACGCAGGACUGUGGUACAGGGGGAGGAUGUGGAUUUAUCCUGCAGACUGAUAGAGAGAACACAGGAGCUUAAACAGAUAACAUUUCUGAAAAGUACUCAGGAUGAAAAACAUAAUUUGAUGCAUAUUUAUCCAAAUGGGGUUACUGACUUUGUUGCACCAAAUGGAUUAAAAGGUAGAGUCCAGUUUAUUGGGAACCCAUCAGAAAACCUUGGAUCUAUUAGAAUAACAUCUGUCAGACUGUUGGAUGAAGGCACCUUCACAUGUAUCUUCAAUGUUUUCCCCAGUGGAACAUACACUACAGAGAUACCACUGACUGUGCUUGUUCCUCCAGUGGUGAAUGUGACAGUUGAUAUUCCUCCUGUCACUGGGGAGAAUGAGGUUGUCUUGGCAACCUGUAUGGCUGCUGGUGCCAAGCCACAGGCAGAUGUAAAGUGGAAGACAGGUACAUUGGGCAGUUUGUUGAGGACAGUGACUAACUCCACCCAGCACGCCAACGGCACCACCACAGUACUCAGCCACCUGCUCGGGGUACCGACCAGAGCAGCCAAUCAGCAGCAGGUCCAGUGUGUGGUCAACCAGUCUGCCCUGGCAACAGAAAGGAGCUACAACUACAACUUAGACAUCCACUGACCUGAGCCCUAGGACCAUGCCUCAGGACUACCUGGUAUGAUGACUCCUUGCUGUCCCCAGUCCACCUGGCCGUGCUGCUGCUCCAGUUUCAACUGUUCUGCC